AUGACAGCAAUUGGUAAGGAGGAUUUCGAAGAAGUUUUUGGACACUUGACAUUAGGCAUCACUAUUAUCAAUACAUACAUCAUGUUUCUGUAUGACAAGUUGAUUCGCCCGCGUGGAUUGGAGUCCAGAUUCGCUUUCAUAAAUCCCAACGUUGUCCACGUAGGGUCAAUCAUCUCAAAACCAUAUGAAGUAAUAGCAUUUGUGCUCAGUUUAUUUAUGGCCAGCAAAGAUACAGAAAAAUUAUUCUUUUUACCAUAUAAUACUGGCCCCAAUGGACACUGGUUAUUGGUUGCAAUUAAUCCUGUGAGAGAAAUUAUAUAUUAUCUGGAUUCAUUGGGCAAUGAUUGGACAACAUACCCAGAUAUGAAGAAGACGAUUGACACCAUUCUACAAAGUUUUCGAGCACAAAGAGAUAUUCAAGUACCAAGGAGUAGAGUCAACAAUAUUUCUUGGAUCAAAAUGGAGUGUCCUCGUCAGCGCAAUGGUGUAGAUUGCGGUUAUUUUAUGUUGAGGUUUAUGAAAGAAACUAUUCUUUUGGACCGAUUAGAGAUUCCAUCCACGAUAUGA